GUUUCGACUGGCGCGCACGUGAGUGAAAAAGGAGUCGCGAGGCCAGACCACGAGCAAGUCGGACGCCAAGUGGAAGGACAUGAACGGACUCGACGAUGUCCACCAGCAAUCGGAGCUGCUCGUGAUGGAUUACCUCCGUGGUUCUCGGUACAUGAAGACGAUGGACGCAUUGACCAAGUGGAUCACCGACAAGAAGAAGCACCGCAGUUCGUCGUCAGUCAUGUCGCCCGUUGCCAGCGAUCUAUUUGCCAAAGACGCCGCCGCCAACAAAGAGACAAAGGAGCGUGCGAACUCCGUCUUGGAGUUCAUGGUUGGAAAGCGCAAGUCGGGCAGCAAAUCGCCCAAAGUCAGCUGCUCGCCUGAAAGCGCCUUUCACCAAAAAGUCGACGAAACAGCGGCGGCAUCAACGACGUCGGUGUCCAAGAGUACGAAGGAAUGGACGAAAGAAGACCUAUCCAAGCUAAAGAAAGAGGCGAAGAAGACCCAAGACAUCACCGACAAGACUGAGCGGUGGAAGACCGUUGGGGCGGCACUUGGACGAAGCAAGCGCGACUGCUACGAAAAGUACAAGGAGCUCAAGAAGAAGUCGCCCUCGCCAAAGAACGUCAAGGCCAAGGAGUCGCCAGUCACGGUGGACGUCAAGGGGAUGCUUGAUCUGAAUGCAAUCGAUAUUGGUGCAGCCGACGACGGGGCGACGAGCGAUGGAGAAAUACGGGGGAAAGAUACCCCUUCGAUCCAAAAGACCAAGAAUGGAAAAACGUCGCCGACAAACUCAGUCAGCGUCCACUACGUCAAGGACAAGCCGUCCACGAGCCCCCUUGGGAGGGCUGGGAGGAACAAAGUUGACAUCGCAAAGGAAGGUGGCGCCACCAGCCCGGUGUCUGACCUGUGGUGCAGCAGCGAUGCCCUUCUCAAAGCCAAGCCGCGUGGGUCAGCAGUGGUGCCUGGAGACACCCGAGUGUACAAAUCGAACGACUUGGCUGUGAUGGAGGACAUUGAAAACGUGGACGAUGAUGAAGGCAAGAGCGAGUCGGCGCCGCCACCACGCGCGAUGGGAUCGUUCCCCGGUCGGAGCUCCAGUGUCGAAAGCUCCACGAAACAUGGCAAGCCGUUGCCUGCCGCCGAAGUGGCCGCUUUGCGCAAGCUCCUUUUCAACGACACGACGAAGCGUCUGAGCUCGCACUGGACGCACCAAGGGUUUGCCUUUUCUCAAGUGGAAGGGCUCAAGUACGGCAUCGUGCAGCACGAAGGCGGGCCAUGCGGUGUCAUGGCCGUUGUCCAAGCUUACGUCCUGUACUACCUCUUCAAGGAGGACAGCGCCACGUGGGAUGCGGUCACACCGCAGCAAGCGACCACGGCACUGACGCAGGCGCUGGCACACAUCAUUUGGCAGGCGGGGACAGGCGGCUCAUGCAAAGUAGCCCUCAUUCCCGGCGAGACACCCGCCUUGGACCAAAUCGCCGUCGUCCAGCUCAACACACGCCGCGAACUCGAGCUGUACUUGACGGCCAACAUUGAGCAGUUUCGUGCGUCCAAAGGGUACGGCGCCGUGCUCGUCGUGGCAUCCGUCAUGCUGACGCGGGGCCUCGCGACCAUCGAAGCCGACAUGGACGCGGCCACUGGGACCGUCCCGACCUUGAUUGGCGCGCACGACUACUGCACCCAGGAAAUGGUCAACUUGCUCCUCGUCGGGUACGCGUGCAGCAAUGUGUUUGACGGCGCCAAAGAUCUUGGCGGCGACGGCGGGUCCACUUCGAUGGUCCUCCGCGGCGUGCAAAAGCGCAGCGUCGUCGGGUUCCUCACGCUGUUUGAAGCGUACGACUACAUGGUCGUGGGGGACCAUUUCAAGAGCCCCAUGGACUGCAUCUGGGUCGUGUGUAGCGAAUCGCACUACUCGGUGCUGUUUGCCGACCCCGCAUCGACGGUCGGCCACGCCUCGUCGUCGGUCCCGUUCGAUCUGUUCUACUAUGAUGGCCUCGCCAACCAAGACGAAGUCAUUCGGCUCACGAUUCAACCGCUCGGACUACCUGCCAAGCCCGAGAAAGCGUCUGCGCAUCAAGGAGGCGACCUCACGCCGCCCCUCAACCUCGUCAUCCAGACCAAGUGGCCGCGAGCGACCGUCGACUGGCACAGCGUCGAGCCCUUGCUUUGACAACGCUGCUUCUUCCCGCGACGUGCCAAACACAUCUCCGACAGCAUGGCCUCAACGUGUAGCCAUCGACGCAGGCGACUUGUCCUCCAUCUCUAGUCUGUUACGCUACACACGAACGAAAUGGAUGGUGGAGAAGCACUGUGAAGGAGGGGUUCGUG